AUGUUUCAGAAAUCAUCUGGGAAAACGAUGAAAUGGGUCACAUUGCUUAAAGACUUCAAAGAAAAAGUCGGUCUCUCUCAACCUCCUUCUGCAUCAUCUUCUCCCUCAUCAACUUCCUCCUCCUCUUUGCCGGUUAACAAUGCUUCUUCAACCAAACAUGACUUCCUGUCAUCGCCUUCAAG